CGUCCUUUUCCAUCAUCUCUUCUUCACUUCGGUCGCCACUUGCUCUGAGAAAGAAGUGCAUUUGUAUAUAAACACAAUCGGUGGGAAGGAGCAACAAUUCUCAUUUCAAUCCCCGACUGCCAUUCGACUUCAUAUAUCAUAACAUAUUCGGGGUUACCUCUUUCCGACGACAAGAAUGAUUUCAAUCGAACAAAGUUUAACCCAGCCAAUGGCAACAGCAAUAAAACAAAAGCAUACAUUCACUCCGGAGCUUUCGCAUGAUCAUGACAGCUUGACAUCAAGGUCAGACCAUUAUGAUCGAAUACAAGAUGCUGGCAAUUUUGCGGAAGCAUUUUACGGCUCAGCAUUACCACCUUCACCACCCUCUUCAGCGCAUAGCAGUACUCUAGCCGAAACGCAACAGAGGCAACAAUCAGAAGAUAUCAAACCUGACACAACAAAAUUAUCCCCUCUAAGACCUGCUUACCUCUACCUUGAAGGCGAAGACGCGGAAGUACCAGAACAUCCAACAGACGAUAUCAAAGGCGUGCCAGUCUUUACACCCACUUGGGAAGAAUUCAAAGACUUCUACUCGUAUUGCUCUAGGAUUGAUGCAUGGGGAAUGCGCAGUGGUAUUGUAAAGAUUAUUCCACCCAAAGAAUGGACAGGUUCUUUGCCAAGUUUAGACGGAAGACAGAAUGGCGAAUCAAGCAAACAAGCAGGAGAACGAUACACAGAACAAAACAGAUUAUCACAAGUGCGAAUCAAGAAUAGUAUCGAACAGAUAUUUACAUGUGCAGGUGCUGGUGUUUGGAGACAAAGUAAUGUCGUACAUCCCGGACGAAUCGUCAAUCCAAAACAAUGGGCAGAUAUUUGUGCACAAGAAAAUCUUCGCGGACCAGAAAUGGCAAGGAUGAAAGAAGUUGCACGAAGAAAACAAGAUGAUGCAGAUGAAGAUGGUGUGCGAACCAGGAGUGGGCGAGGAAGAGGAGCCGGUAAAUCUCAGUCAGGCCCAGUGCCUUCAAAGAGGAAGUCAACCCGGGUAGAGACAGGUGAACAAGCAUAUGAAAGUGUGGACACAGAAUUGACGACUGCAUCUCAAGAGACACGCUCUUCUCCGAGAAAGUCCUCAAGUAUUUCUGCCCAUAGCUCAUCACCGGCAAAGACACUAUCGUCGAUCACGAACAAAACCAAGAUGGCUGAUAGAACUACUCAAGAAGAAUGGGACUUGUUUGACCACAUCAAUGGUUGGGCUAAAGAAGCCGGACAAGACGCUGUCCCACAGGAUUGGGCAAUGGACGUCUGCAGGGCUAUUGAGAAAGAGUACUGGCGAGGAUUGAAUUAUGGCAAGCCACCGAUGUAUGGUGCUGAUUUGUCGGGAACAUUAUUCACAGAUGAAACAAAGGAUUGGAAUAUCGGGAAAUUGGACAACAUCCUGACCAGGCUUCGUUUGAAGCGAAAGCUACCAGGUGUAACGACUCCCUAUCUAUACUUUGGUAUGUGGCGUGCAACAUUUGCUUGGCAUGUCGAGGAUAUGGAUUUGUAUUCGAUCAACUACAUCCAUUUUGGCGCCCCAAAACAAUGGUAUUCGAUUCGACAAGCUGAUAAACAACGCUUUGAAUUAGCAAUGGCUUCGGCAUUCCCUGCUGACUCUUCACGCUGCCGUCACUUUAUGAGACAUAAAUCGUUCCUUGCAUCGCCUGGCUUCAUCGAAUCAGCAGCAGGUCGAAUCAAGCCAUUACGAUUGGUUCAAAAGGCGCAGGAGAUUGUACUGACUUAUCCUUAUGGAUAUCAUAGCGGAUACAAUUUAGGUUUCAAUUGCGCCGAAAGUGUCAAUUUUGCGUUGGAAAGAUGGUUGGAUAUUGGUAGAAAGGCAACGUAUUGUGAAUGCACGGAUGAUACGGUCAAGAUGGAUGUUGAUGCAAUGUUGGAUGAGAGCAAAGAAAUGGAAGAACUUGACCGAAAACGAAAAGAACGUGAACAAAAGCGAUUUGAAGAGGCUGGAUCGACGCAAACAGAUGAAGAAAAGGCUGAAGCACGUAAAGCACGUGAACGUGAACGUAGAAAGCGUAGAAAGGAAGAGCAGGAUCGUUUGGCAGCUUUGGGACUUGCACCAGAUGAUGAGCCAGAAGAAGAAGAUGAGGAAGUACAUCAAGCAAAGAAGCAAAAGAUUGACUCUUUCCCUUGCGAAUUCUGCCCCUCUACCUCAAAAGAAGAUUUGAUCGUCAUUCCCAGCUCAAAGAGCAAGGAUGAUAAAGUCAAACGUGCUCAUCGUCUUUGUGCCAGUUUCUUACCGGAGACAUGGAUUGCACCCAAUUCCAAACCUGUGAAGGGAAUACCACGCACGCCAAAAGAAGUUGUAAUGGGUUACGAAGGUAUUCCAAAAGCACGUUGGUCUUUAAAAUGUCAAAAUUGCAAGGAAAACCAGCUCUCAAAACGUGGGGCUAAAGUUCAAUGUACUUAUGGUCGUUGUUCACGUACUUCGCAUGUCAGUUGUGCAUUACAGGAAGGAUCCGGAUGGAUGUUGGACGUUCUGCCUGAAUCAGAAGCUGAUGAAGUUGAAGGACGAACAAAGGCAGCACCAUCCAAGUCAACAAAAGGAGGAAAAUCCAAAAAGGCCGCCAAAGCUGACAGUAACAAAGAAGAUGACGAAGAGGUGGAACAGGUCAUCACCGGUCAAUCUUCUUCUUCGACUGUUGAAGAGGAGGAUGACGAUAAAGAUCCACGAAUGGUGAUGUUGUGCAAAGUGCACAAUCCUUAUGAACGUGAACGUGAAAUGGGUUACAAAGUGGAUAUCUUGCGUGUUUGUUUGCAGACAUUGAUGCCUUCUCAAAAGAUUUGCGUACGUACCCAUACGGGAUUGUGGGAAACGAUGUUGCAACGAUAUGAACGUCCAUCAGAAGAUGAUAAGCACAAAUUUGAUGAAGGCGAUGUGAUUCUUGCGGAUGGAUCACGUGUAAAAGGUGCAAAGGUGGUAUUUGAUUCUGAAACGAUGAGAUUGGCAGAAGAUGUUGUUUGGUAUCGUGAUGAAGCGGAUUAUAUGCGUGAAAAAGGACAAUUGAAAUCGGCCGAAAGUAUGGUUGAAGAAUCAAAGAGAUCAAAGAUUGAAUUGCAAAAGUAUAUGCAUACAUUGUAUCAAGGAUUACAGUCAAUCGUUAAAGAGGCUGUCAAACCGGCAGAUCGUGAUCGACGUGCAGCGGAAAUUGAAAGAAAGCGUCGUGAGCAUGAACAGCAGCAGCAGCAGCAGCAAGGGCAACAACAACAACAAACGCAAUUACCCAUACCGUCUUUGAGUGUCGAGAAUUUUGAUCGUGCUCGGACACCAGUAGUACCAUCUCAGCCUGAAGGUGAACCACAUGUGCAAAUCACAGAUCCGGAUACGAUUGCGGGUACAGAUCGAUUAUUAUUAGCAGCUCAACUUGACGUCAGUCGUGGUGGUGCUUAGGUUGCACCACGAUGACGAAUAAAAAAAUGUAUUUAUUUGAUUUUGUCUGUUUUGUAUCAUUUCAUCUCUUUUUCUCGUAUGCUCUUUGUACCCUGCUUGCAAUGAUCCAAG